CGGACUCGUCAGUCGUCAAAUCGUCAUCACUUGAAUUACUCACAUCAGGCCGAAUCAAACAGCUGAUGCGACGGUGUAAACAUGCCGUUUUCUGCUGAAAAAUCUUUAUUAGCUACUAAAUUAAAUUAAGAUACGAUCUUUUUAAAGCAUCAUUUGUUAAUUUUGAAUAGAAAUAUGAUUUCUAAACAGCUUAGUGUGGUUCUAAGCCCUAAUGGCCAAUUCAUUUUAAGAGAGCUAAAUUUAACCUCAAAGCAUUUACUGAACACAAACAGCCAUGUUAAUCUUUGUCAUUCUAAAGCAAUCCGAUGUCUUUAUUCUGACAAAAGUCGGAUUAACAAUAUUAUUCUAAGAGAAUUGCAUACGAAAGCAGAAAUACAAGCACCACUCAAUGCAACUGGUUUUGCUCAUCAUUUUAUGGAAAGUUCUGAAGCCUACUCAAACACUUUGUCAUCAACACUCGAAGUUAAUGAAGAUUUAUAGAUCAAAGAAAUAGAAAGUAUACUGCAGAAGCAAUGGAUCAGUAUGAGCAUACCAGAAAUUCUAGAAAACUUUGAGUGUCUUUCUAUUAAUGUUAGAAAAAAUGAGGAGUUAAUAAACCAUCCCAAGUACCAUGGAAUAUUAGAAGUAUUAAAGAACAAACUACCAGAAUUCAUUUAUCAGCAGAUACAUUAAUUUGUUUCGUUGCCUGGAAUUGUGGAAAUAUGAUAGUACUGAGGAGGUUUAUAAAAGUCUUUUGACAACUUUGAAUAAUGAAUGCGUAAAAAGAAUGCCCGGCUGGAGUACAGAAGAGAUCUUGUUGACUAAUGAUCAUUUCUACAAAUUGAGAAUGGCAAGAUAUGUUGAAUUCACAUGGCACAGCUUAAGAAAAUUAGGUUCAAAACCAAGAAAAAUGACACCCGCUAAUUUAGUGCAAUACGUGUUUUUCAUGAGAAUGAAUAGAAGGCUGCCUAUUCGUCCUUAUGAGAUUGAGUACCGUGUAGAACAACAUUUUGAUAACUUUACAAUAGAAGAAUUGACAAUCAUCGCAUUAGCUUUUUCCAAAUAUGAAGUUCUGAUUAGAAGUAACCAACUUAUGGUUAAAAUUAUAAAGACACUUGUCAGUGAAAUAGAUUAUGUAAAUGAUUAUUGUUUCAAAGCUAUAGUCAAUAUUCUGAGUUGGAGGGGAACCAGAAAUAGUUAAUCAACUUGAAAUUUUACUGAAAAAAAAAAUGGAAAAUAAUAUUUAUCGUCUUAAUGUAAAGACUCUUACAGCUGUUAUGAACUUACAAAGGAAAGUUCUAAUGCAUAAUGAACAAUUAACAUCAAAAAUAUUAGAAAGAUGCGAGAAGGAAUCAAGGGCAUGAAAUUAGCACACUUGGAGAAAAUAUUAUUUGCAUUACACAUGUUUAACUAUGAUCGGAAAACUACUCAAUUUUAUUCUAUGGCUCAUAAUGAAUUAUUAGAUCCUGGCAGAGCUGCAGAAAUUGAAAGGUCUCCAUCUUCUCUUAUACAUAUUACCAUGUUUCUUCUUAAAUAACAAGUCUAUCCAGAAGAAAUAUUAAAACGUAUCUUGGAUCCUGAUUUCGUGAAUAAAACUAGUAAUUCAAACGUUUAUAAACUUGAUCGUAAUUAUCUUGAUAUAGAUUUUUGCAUAGAGUUUGAGCUUCCAGAAUACAAUGGCCCCAGAUUAAGGAAAGAUCUUGUAAACCAUUUAAUGAAGUUUUAUGGUUCACUUAAAAAAAGUGAUUCUGAUAAGAUAAUAACUGAGGUAGCCCAUAUAAUCAAGUCCGAGGCAGCUGUUCACGUGGAUUCAAUUAUGCUACAUAUUGCCAAGACCCACGUAAUAGUUCGUUUGGAUCCAGAAACCAAAGAAUUUUUAUCCCCAUCUGAAAAGUUGUCCAAUAUUCCAGCAGGUACGAUCAAAUAUGCACCUGAUGAUGACAAGAAGUGGUAUGUCUUGUCAAUCGGCUCAAAAAAUAUCAUAACAAGAGAUGAAUCCCACAAGAUCACCGGCAUUCUGGCAAACGAUAUAAGACAAUUGGAGUGUAUCGGUUAUACACCUAUUGUGAUACCACAAUAUGAGUGGAAUAAUAUGUUUGAAGAAGGAGUGAAGCAAAAGUACCUGAAAAACCUUUUAUUUAGAUAAUAUUUAUUGUCAUUUGAGAAACAUCCAGCAUAUCAAUUGUCCACCCCUCGAGGGUAGCAAUUGUUGUGCGAAUAAGUCUCGAUCGAGCGAUGAUUUGCUGACCAACAAAUGAACCACACAGCAUUUCGUUGAUACACUUUUACAGAAAAAGGUUUAAUAAAAAAUCUUGGAAUUAUACAUGAAACAAUCUUGGUGCGAAAAGAAAACGUUAUUCCACAGUUGUCACGUCAUAUAAAUAGUUAUUCUUAUAUCACGUGGUUUUCGCGAAAAUUAGAUUAUGAUUUCGUUAAGUUACAACUUGUUCUCUGUUUGAUCAGUUCAGUAAAGACAAUCUCUUCCUCCACUUUACGUACACAGUUCUAUACACUCUUUUGUCAUGCAUACAUUCAUUGACUCGAUAUUAUAUUUACAACACCUUGAUAAUUUGACAAGGUUGUAGUCUUUGGCUCUUAAUGUGUAAUUUUAUUUUAGGUAGUUUCUCUGUUGACUUUCAUAAUACAGAGUUUCAUGUACUUAUAAAGUACGCAAACAGUCCUUGUAAACUUUCUUCAGCCACUUUAGAAAUCUUAAAGCCAAAAGCUCGUUAAUUUAUAGUAUUGCCUUCUGCAAAAAAUACAUAAAAGCGUCAUAUCUGUAUUCAGAUUUCUGGAUUAAUAAAAAAAAAAAUUAAAGAAAAGAGAAA